AUGAUGGCUGUCACAAGAUCAUCAAGUCAUUAAUCAUGUCAAACCUAGGGAACGAUGGAGAAUGUCAGUUAGAAGUGGACUUUGUGGAUGAAGGUGACCUUGAUGGACGUUACAAAACGUGUUUAAAAAAUCCUGGUCACAAAGAAUUUUUGUCAUUGACAUCUUUACAAUUUAAAGAUUUACAUGAACAUCAUCGGACACCUUGUACCUUAGAUUUUAUUUAUCAUGUGGCACAGUUCACUGUGAGGUUAGUGGUAGAUUUCAUCAGUCCUGACAGACCAUGUCAUUGUGGACAAGAAAACACAAGCCAAGACAGACAAUGUAAAUGUUUAAGGGGAAAUAUCAGACACGUAGGAAGUGGUUUGGUAACAGGACUGGCUGGACCUGAUGAACUAACACCUGACAUGAGAGACUCCACAAAAACCUAUUUUAUGAUGGUCACAGCCGCACAUGUUAUAUUUGACACAAGUGAAGCCCAGAAGACAGAGAUUGAAUUUUUUUAUGAUGAUCCACAUGACAGGAGUACAGUGAGGAAAGCUUUUGGUUUGAGAGUUUUAAAUACAAACUUAGAAGCUGACUUUAGUGAAGUGCUCUGUCUUACUGAGGAUCACGUGAUUUCUGGAAAAUUGAAUAAUCCUAAGUUCAAAAGAAAAUUAAGCGAUGAAAUAAGGCUCUCUUUAAUUCGGUCGCCUAGCGAUAGUUUUCAAAAGGAACGUAAGACAUCAUCUCAGGAUUUUACUUUCCACAUCUCCCAUCCACACGGGACAUCAAAGAAAGUGACUUUAGGAAACAUUGUGAGUGCAGACACACGUCAAGGACAUUACCAACUAAUUUAUAGUCUGGCAACAUGUAGAGGGUCGUCUGGUGGACCUGUAUGUGUUAUUCCAGAAAAUAUAUAUAUCACAAUCUAUAAACUUAUAAUCUAUAAAUUUAGAAACUUAGAAUCUAUUUUUAGUGUCCCACAUGCAAGACAUCAUGACAAUAAUUUGAACUCAAGUUCAUCGUGGACUCUGUAU